UCUGCGCUUUCAAUUGCCUCUUAUCUCUGGUCCUGGGACCUCUGCGGAUUUUCUGAUCGACCCGCUUCGUUUCGUGAUCCUCUCCUUCUUGGCUGCGGAGAGGACCCUGUCUCCCCCAGAUCUCCCCUUGGCUCGGUUUUCAUCUUUCCUGCAUCCGGAUUGCGAAGAUGGAAGGGGUCCAAGCCCUGAAUGAGAAUGUGAGAAGCACACCAGGGCGGCGAUUCCCGACAAACAAGCUCUUGCUGGUGGCUGCCGUGGUCCAGGGGCUGGGGCUGCUCCUCUGUCUCACCUACAUCUGCCUGCACGUCUAUGCUCCCCAGGUGCCACCUCAGUAUCCUCCAGUUCAAAGGAUCAGAGCACAGUUUACCAGCUGUGACAGUGACCAAGGUUGCCUCCUCACAUCCCCAGGCGAGGAGACCAUGACGGUGCAAGACAACUCAAUUCCCAUCAAAUGCGAUGGGUUUUAUCUCAUCUCCAUAAAGGGCUACUUCUCCCAGGAGAUCAACCUCAACCUGUAUUACCGGAGAAACCUGGAAUCCCUCUUCUCCCUGAGCAAAGUCACAUUCGUCAACUCUGUCACCGUGGCCUUUCUGGCUUACAAGGACAAAGUCUACUUGAAUGUGACCACCCACAAUACCUCGUACGAAGACAUCCAGGUGAAUGGCGGGGAGUUAAUUCUCAUUCACCAAAAUCCUGGGGGAUUCUGUGCCGAAUGAGGACCUGACGCCCACAUGGAGGCCAGCGCCGAGCAUACACGCUACACGGAGGGUGGGCAGGACACGGACUCUUCCUUGGGAGGGGAGGAGUCGUCCCAGCUCAGCCCCAUCUACGGCCACACAGGAUGUGACUGGAAGACCCCCCCUACCCCUACUCAGGGAUAUUUAAGACUUAUUUUAUGUAUCAUUGAACUUUAUUUAUCCUCGUAUCUACCAAACGACUCAGCCCUCCUCCCCCACGCCUCCCGGGUGCCUCUGUGGGAUGCGAAAGUAGGCGCCUCCCCCCGAAGACGCACUGUUUCCACUGGGCAGGAAACCGUCGUAAUAAACUUGCUGUAUUGACAAAAACACUGGACUACCAUUUGCUAGACACUUGACACCUGGCACUGUCAACCCAUGGAGGACCCGGGAGGGGGGCGAUGAGUCUGCCGAAGACAGUGUGGACCUCCUCCUGAUAGCCGGGGCUGCCUCUCCAGCGUAGACUUGGCUGCAGUCUGAUCGUUGCCCGAAUACCUCUUGUUUGGUGAAGUUCGGAAGGAAAAUCACCUUGCGAGCAGCUGUCCGGACUUGGCGGAGAGAGGCAGCUAAGGCUGAGUCCGUGCCCUGGGCUUGCUUUCUUUACCACUCUCCCAGCCGCCAAGUGUUCUACAUAGAAAUUCUCUCUCAAAAGCCCACCCCGGUGAUGUGAUACGGGGAAAAAUCAAAUCGGCCAUUAAGGAAAACCGAGGAAAAGCAUCCUCUGACCCAGGAGAGCGAGAGGGUUUGCUGGAGCGCACGGGAGAGCAGUGAACCUGGAACUCUCGGGGGAAAAGUCAGUAAGACUCGAAGUAGCCUGGGGAGGAAAUCACGCUCUUUGCCACAGUUUGCCAGAGGGACACGGAUGUGUCCUCCUCCUUAUGCUGACAAACACUCACCCCCAUGCCUUGCACACGCACACGCCACAUGGCUAGUUUCACAGACGAAUUCCAUGGUCACAUGCAAAGUCAUGUCACAGACACUGAGCGCACCCUGUAUCUUAUGAAAAACAAUAAUCUCUGUGUAGAAACACCCUGGUGUCCCAGCGAUACCCGAAACUAGAGGGACCCACCAGCAGCCAACCCCUUAAUGUUUCAUGGAAAUGCUCCUCCCGAUCAGGCUGCCAGCAUAGUAGACAGUGGGAUUUUUCAUAAGUCAAAUUUCACGUGAUUGUGUAGGUUCUCAAAUUCUGGCCAACAUUUUAUUUUUUAACAGGAGCCAGUGUUUCCCUGCCAUUUUAAAUACAGCGCACAAAAAUGCCACAGACUUUCUCUGGAUGGUUCUGCGUCCUCCCCGUCACUGUCCUGUGCUGCAAGGCAGUGACACCUCCGGGCUGUUCAGAAAGGUGGCAGGCAGUUUGCCCCUGCACUAGAUGGUCUCGCUCAGAUUUCAUUACUUUUAUGUCUGCUCAGCGUAGCUUUCCAUCUCAUCUGAAAGGACCUGUCUCCAAAGAUCUUCCUGCCUUUCUAUCCUAGUCUGUUGUGGAGACAUAAAUAAGUGCUCAGUAAAAAGAAAAAGGUAACUAAGAGAAAUUGUGCCUAAAGGUACGAGUGAUCGAGGUCUAGAUGGUGGCCAAGGCCUCACGUAAUCCUAACCAUAACCACAGGUAGACAUUUAGGGAGGGCCUACUGUGGACCGGGCAUCAGGAAAAAUGGUUUACGCGAACCAUGCUGAGCAAGAUGCUCUGUAAAUCUGUCUUGACUACUCAGAGGAGCUGUGUGUGUAGACACGCACACACAGGAGCAUGUUGACUAUGGUCUGCAAAGCUGAUAUUACUCACUGAGUGUUAUCUCCUAAGUAAACGUUUAUGACUGUAGAUAAUAUUUAAGAAAAUGUAUGUUUACUUUGUUACGUUUGGAACUUCUGACUGUAUUUCACCUGGACACGCACAUUCCAGGCCUACACACAAUUGUUCUGGCGGUUGUUUGCCGUCGGUGGCAUGGCCUCUACCCACAGAUGCCUGCUCCCUGUGGGCACACCUGGCCUGCUCGUUCCUCGCUGGCCUCCUUCAGCCACGCAGGGAUGUUCCUGCCAUGGAGCAAACUCACUCCCCCACCUCCUCUCCUUCAAAACAGGCAUGUCCCCUUUGAGUCAUUCCUUCCAGGGGACAAUGAACUCUUCUCUGGACACAGCAGAGUUCUGUGGAAACAGAACUGAAUUGAGAAGUCAGGAGACUGGAAUUCUAGUUUGACUCAGUCACUAACUAGCCAAAUGACUCUGGGCAAAUGAUUCCCCAUUUCUUAACCCUGCUUUCCGCCCUGGUUAAGCGAUCACUUUAGAAUCUUAAUGCUCAUAGGCAACCGCGAAAGUGCAUGCUGAGUGUCCGUGUACUGGUUGCUAUGAGUCCACAUAUAUGUAACUUCUUUUACUAUAUGUUUUUUUCCCCCCUUGGACAAGCUAGCAGUCUUUCCUCAGCCUUCUUGGUGAGUCCUUCAAGACCAGUUAUCAAUUGUUACUUAGUGACUUCCUCCUUAGGGAAUGACAUAAGGGAUCUAAUCUUGAUCUAAGUCAUAAUUUGUUCUUGAACAUACUGGGCAGGUCCCCUAUUUUAAGUCCUUGUUUUGUAUUUAGUACUUUCUUGACUCUCAGAGAGUAUUAAUAUUGAUAUUAAUAAUAUAGCU